AUGCCCGAACGACCCUCCAAGUUUCCCUCCCACAUGAUGAUGUUUCCUCGGUCCGACUGGAGCAGUGUUGUUUUCGGUUGGCCCCAAUUCGAGGACUGGGAAGACGGAUUGAGAGUUAAUUACGCUGCACGCGACUGCAGCUUGGCUUGGGAUCUGGCCAUCGAGACCGAAGACCUUGGCGAGCUCGGGACGUCCUUAUCGAGUUUGCACUACGAUCUCUGCUACGCGAUUGUUGAGGACGUGUUUCCCAACUCGCCGCAGCUCGAGCAGUUUGCGAACUUUAGCAUUAUUCAACCGUUCUUGCGUAGCGCUAUGGCUAGUGUCUGGGUGUCUAAUCUGGACAGUCGAGGCACCUAUCCACCGGAGUGCGAGCCUUACGACAGGUCAUGGGUGGACAAGUACAUCCCGAGACCGGAGACGCUGCCUCUGCGGGCAUGGACAUCAAUCGACCCGAACGAUCCCACCGGGCCUAUGGAGGUGAUCUGGGUAAACUACAAGGGGGAGGUGGAGGAGUAUGAGCUGAUCGAGCGGGACGAGCCUGACUCGGCGGAGACGGGCAGCGUCGAAAUGCGAGAGAAAGACACUCUCUCGGCCGUGGCGGAGCAGAGCGAGGACGAGGACGAGGACGAGGACGAGGAGGACGGCGCGACCGACGUGUCCGCGGUUGACAUCGGCACGGCUGCGGCCAUUGGUCCUCCGGCUGGGGGGGCGCAGGUGCAUGAGAAGUCGGCGCAAUCCAAGGCGACGAGCACCCUCGUCACAACUCCGGGUCAUCUCUCCCAUUCCCACACCAAGGGUUCGCAGCGGCCGCGUUCACCCUUGGGGGAACGGCGUCAGACCCCCGCGGUCGCCACUCCGUCUGCCGGCUCCAGUGGCAAAGCACGCAAGUGCUCCACCACGCAGUCCCCCGCGGUUCCGUCACGUCGGUCGACGAAGCCCAGCACCCGCGUUACCCCGUCACGGUCCGACUCUGCGCAGGCGCGGCUGCCCCUGGGCGAGCGCCGACAGCAGGCAACCGGACCUGUGUCCGCUGGUGCGGCCGCCAGGGGCAAGGAGCCAGCCAAGCCACCUUCCUACCAGUCGCCCACGUCCUCAUCAAGCCAGAGGUCAGCCAAGCAAGGCGCGGACACACCCGACCUGUCAACUUUGCGACUGCAGUCGCCUCGCCGCCCGAGCAUUCGCACGGGUUGA